AUGGCACAGAAGGGCAGUUUGAAGUCAGGGAAGAAAAACAAGGCGGGAGAACCCGAACUGGAGCCCCUGUGCUGCUGCGAGUACAUAGAUCGGAAUGGGGAGAAGAACCACGUGGCCGCCUUCUUGUGUGAUUGCCAAGACCUGGAUGAAGGGUGUGAGAGAUGGAUUACGUGUAAAUCUGUGCAGCCAGAGACCUGUGAAAGAAUCAUGGAUACCAUCUCUGAUCGCCUCCGGAUUCCAUGGCUUCGCGGAGCCAGAAAAGUUAACAUUAGCAUCAUCCCCCCUCUUGUCCUCCUGCCCGUCUUCCUCCGAGUGGCCUCCUGGCACUUCCUCCUGGGGGUAGUGGUUCUGACCUCGCUGCCCGUGCUGGCCCUGUGGUACUACUACCUCACUCACCGGAGGAAAGAGCGCACUCUCUUCUUCCUGAGCCUCGGGCUGUUCUCUCUGGGCUACAUGUACUAUGUGUUCCUCCGGGAAGUGGUCCCCAAAGGGCGUGUGGGGCCCGCCCGGCUGGCUCUUCUUACCUGCGGGCUGUUUCUGAUCCUCUUAGCCUUGUACAGAGCCAAGAAGAACCCAGGCUACCUCAGAAACCCAGCCAGCGAAGACACGCCUCCGGGCAGCCACCGAACCGAGGGCCCGGACAGAACAGGGCCGAAGACCAAAGGGUUCCCCCUCAGCGGGGAGGUGUGGGGCGCCCUCAGCAGCCGCCCCCUGAGGGAUGACCAGAAGGGCUCUUCCAGGCUGUUGGCUGGAAGCCCCGUGAAGGCGAAGGAAGACUGGUGUGCCCAGUGCCAGCUCGUGCGACCUGCCCGGGCCUGGCAUUGCCGGAUAUGUGGCAUCUGUGUGAGGAGGAUGGAUCACCAUUGCGUCUGGAUAAAUGGCUGUGUUGGAGAAUGCAAUCAUCAAGCAUUUAUACUUGCCCUUUCGAUCUUCUUGCUCACCUCGGUGUAUGGGAUCACACUGACCUUGGACACCAUUUGUAGAGAUAGAAGUGUCUUCACAGCUCUCUUCUACUGUCCUGGCGUUUAUGCAGAAUACAGCUCGGCACUGACCUUCACCUGCGUGUGGUACUCCGCCAUCAUCACCGCGGGCAUGGGCUACAUCUUCCUGAUUCAGCUGAUCAACAUCAGCUACAACGUGACCGAGAGGGAGGUGCAGCAGGCCCUGCGGCAGAAGACGGGGCGCCGGCUCCUCUGGGGGCUCAUCGUGGACACAGGCCAGUACAACCGGGGCUUCCUGCGCAACUGGCACCAGUUCUCCACCCUGGGCACCGCCCCAUUCCCGCACCCCGCCGAGGACAUCGUCUGA